ACGAACGGAAUUUAUGAUAACUUUAAAGACAAAACGGAUUUAUGCGCGCACACGCACAGUCGUGCACGGCGGUUCACGCGCUCAUGCAGACCUGUCAGUGACCACCAGCAACAGAGAGAGAGACGUCUCUGGGAGUAUGUCGGUGGGAGGGAUUCUUGCUGAAGGAAACGGGUGCAGAGCUCAGAGACUGAACUCUCCAAGAGCGCAGAUUCACAGACAGGAGCGCAUCUGCCUCAGACACCUGACGAAUGCCUUCCAAACGUGUUUGCUAUUGCUGUGUUUGACAAUCAUCCAGAGUGGUCAUGCUGCCGUUCAGACGUGCAUGGAUAAGCACCAGGUUGUUGGGGUGCUCCGUCAAAUGGAGAAGUUCCUGAAAGGCCAGGAGAUGCGAUUCACAGAGAGCCUCAGGAUCAUGAAGUCAAAGCUGGCAGCGCUUCAGAACUCUGUCUCCAAAUUACCUCAAGCAGACCAGUCAGCUGACCCCACACGCUGCCCCUCCCUGGAAGUCCCUGCUCAUGGAACCAAAUUUGGCUCAAAGUAUUUUGUUGGACACGAAGUCCAUUUCACUUGUUCCCAGGGAUACCAUCUUGUCGGUUCUUCCACACGGGUUUGCCAGGACAAUGGAACCUGGACCGGCAUCAGUGCCAUCUGUAAAGAUAUAAGUGAGUGUGCGAGUCAUCCCUGCCAAAAUGGAGGUACCUGUGUGGAAGGUGUUAAUCAGUACAAAUGCAUCUGCCCUCAGAACUGGAGUGGCUCUCACUGCCAGCACCAUACCCAGACAGCACCACCUGAGUGGAGUGUUGUGAAUGAUCCAGCGUUCAGCCAGAGACCUCGCUGUACCCAAGUGAAUCACGCCCAGCACUGCACUUGUGAUGCAGGUUUUCACAUGAGUGGCACAUCCGACAACAGUAUCUGUCAGGAUGUAAACGAGUGUAAAGUGUACAGACUGGACCAUGGAGGGAAGCUUUGUGUCCAUGAGUGUGUGAAUGUUCCAGGCUCAUACCACUGCUCCUGCCCGACUGGCUAUCGGUUACUCCCAGAUGGGCGGAACUGUGAGGAUGUGGACGAAUGUUUAAGCCAGCAGCACAACUGUAGCCGAGGGACAACUUGUAUCAACACGGGGGGAGGCUUUCGGUGUGUCAACCCAGAGUGUCCUCGUUCGCAUGGCAACAUCAGUUAUGUGAAGACAUCUCCCUUACAGUGUGAGAGAAACCCCUGCCCCAUGGACAGCCGCUCCUGUCACCUGGCUCCUAAGACUGUAUCCUUCCAUUACUUGUCUCUGCCUUCCAACCUUCAGACUCCUGCCACACUUUUCCGUAUGGCGACUGUCGCUGCCCCUGGGCGCGCGGGGCCAGACAGCCUGCGCUUCGGCAUAGUGGGCGGAAACUCCCAGGGUAUCUUUGUCAUGCAGCGCUCAGACAGACAGACUGGUGAACUGAUACUGGUCCAGCAGCUCCGUGGACCACAGGAGACCAGCGUUGACGUGGACAUGUCUGAGUACAGUGAGCGGAUCUUUCAGGCCAAGCAUGUAGCCAGGGUCUAUGUUCUCAUUUCACCUUACAACUUUUGAGAGUGUGCUUGCAAAUGAGGAAGACUAAAGACAGAAAGGUGAAGAAAAACAAGAGUGCAUAAUGGCACUGAGUUUAUUUAUCUGUUUCUUGAUCCCCAAUCAAAAAUUAAUUUGUCUGAGUAGCCAGUCAUAGGCCAAUCUUUGUUCAGUGGCCAAAUUACCAAAAGAAUGAGAGUGUCAAAUUAAUAUUUAACAGUUAUAUUUUUAGUAUAACAAUAUAACAAAUAUAAUAAAACCCAUCAUAGAUGCUUCUUUAACUAGUGUCAUUAUGGCCUAUUACUGAUGGUGUUUGGCUGAGUUAGUCUGGAUGUAUAAAAACUAGCUAAACAAAAGCAUAGUGAAUGGUUUGGGAGGGAUGGGUAAGUGUUGCAAUGUUUGCCGUUACUCCAUGUUUGUAUUUUUAUGUCCACUAUAGAAUUUUGAGUAGUGCAUGGUCAGGCCCUGAGGCUGAUGCUCUGCCAUUGUUUUGCUGAUGACAGAUCCCUGUACGACAUUAGUGCUCAUGUGGCUCUAAUUUAUUGGAAAUAUUGUUUUAACAUUGUAACAUAUGGUGCACCACAAGCUUAUCUUCCAUUAUAUAUUGUAUAUUUGUUUGUUUUGUACCAGCUUGCCUUGUUUAAGGCAGCAUUCAUGAUACUAAGAGAGUUGUUUUAAAGAGUAGAUGCAUAUUUCUUCUGUUACUCAUAUUCUGCAUGUUACCCAGAAAUAACCUCAUAAUACUCUAAAUCAAAGGUUAUUUGGCAAGCUUGCCAAUACACUACACAAUUUGUCUGGAAUUUUAAUUGUCUCUGUGUAGCUGUAAUAAAGUCAUUCCAACAUUUCAGUAUUUGUUAGAACUACCUCGACUGAUGUUGAACAGUGUGCUAUUAAAUGCCCUUGUGGCAGUGCUUCUCCUUCUACAUCUCUUAUGAGUUCAUUUUAAUGAGCGAAAUGCAAACCAACACGUACUAUAGCU